AUGCUGAACAGCAUCGUUGCAGUCUGCGAUCGGCUGCUGCAGCGCCUGCUGCUGUCUAAGGACCAGCACCCCGUGGACAUCUCCAAGACAGGCAUCACUGUCAUCAACAACAUGAUGGGCCUGAUCCCGGUGGGCAUGGCAGCCUACUUCACGGGAGAAGUCGGCCAGUUGCCCUAUGCGUAUGCCAGCCUCACAGGCGUGGACAAGGUGUAUAUCGGCUUGAGCUGUGUCAUUGGCUUGUCCAUCGGCUUCACUGGAAUUUGGGCCCAGAGCCUGAUCAGUGCAACCAGCUUCCUUGUCAUGGUCAACGCCAACAAGUUCGUGAUUAUCGGCAUCGAGGCUUUUGGCAUGCACACGAAGGUGCUGACCCAUGGCCAGAUUCUCGGCGCCUGCCUGUCCAUCUUCGGGGGCAUCCUCUAUGGAAAAGCACGCUCACAGAUCGAGCAGGAGGAAGACGAGAGGAAGCAGUUGCUGCCCAGCGUGAAGGUGUAG